UGUCACGUGGCAAAGUAUUAUUUUCCCGACCCUUGUUUCUCAUUUGAGUUACAAAUCCAGGAAGAAGAAGUUAGGGCAUCUAGUUCGCGGACAACUUCGUUCAACCGCGGGUGAUUUUUACAGAGUGUGAAGAAUUUUAUAUUUUACUAUUUAUUAGGUAAAAAUUAAUAACAAUGGGGCGGACAGCCUUUAUUCUGUCUAUUAUUUUCUUCUUUGCUGUAAGCGAUGCUUUCUACCAUCAGGAAAGGCAUAGAUCGAAGCGCAGUGUUGAUAUUUACGAUAUAGAAGAGCCAUUGGAAAAUAGACUUCCACGAGACACAAAACCACUAAAUUAUCACUUAGAAAUUCAGCCUUUCAUAAAUGAAACGAAAUUCAAGGGAAGAGUACGAAUCAACGUGACGUGGGUCCAUCAAACAGAGAAGAUUGUGCUUAAUGUUGACCGUGAUCUUGAAAUUGUUCACGCCAGUGUUAAGUUCACGAAAUUGGGCGCCAAUUUUUCAACACCAGAGGAGAUUUCUACAGUAUCAGUAGUGCAGAUGGGCAAAGGACCAAGAAUUUCAUGGUACACAAUUAACUUUAAUGAUUCUUUAAAAGCAGGAGCGAAUUGUGAAAUAGACAUUACUUACUAUGGAAAUAUGUCAACUAGUAAUACUGGAGGACUUUUCAGAAAUGACUAUAUUGACAGCGAUGGAAAAAAUCACACAUUAUUAGCAACAUAUCUAAAACGAGAUAAUGCUCGAAAAGUUUACCCAUCAUUUGAUGGAUUUACGUUUAAAGCUAGCUAUCAGCUUAGCCUAAUACAUCCAAAAAAUAUGACUGCAUUAUCCAAUAUGCCUGCAGAAAGGACUACUGACGUACCUGGAGAGCCGGAUCUAACGUGCACGCAAUUUGCUCAAUCACCUGAAAUGCAAACCAGUCAGUUAGCGUUCGUUAUAGCUGAUUUUGAGAGCGUACGUCCCAUAGAAAGCAUAGACCAAAUAACUAAAAAUAACUUUGAAAUUCGUGUCUGGGGAAGAAAAGGCUACAUGGAAACUCUGAAACAGGUUCCAGAUAAAAUUGUCAGAAUUGUAAAUUAUUUGCAAACCUAUUUUAAAAGUACAAUCGGUUUGCCAAAAUUAGAUGUUGUUGCAAUGCCUAAAUAUGAUGCUGCUAAAGCUGCAGAUAAUUGGGGAUUAAUGUUCUUCAAAGAAACUGAUAUCAGUAGUCCUUUAAUAUGGAAUACAGCCUAUGAAAUAAUACACCAAUGGAUUGGCCAGUAUAGUACAUCAAUUCGUUCAACUGAUGCACUAAUGGGAAAAGCUUUCAGUUCUUUCUUGGCAUCAAUGACAACAAUGGAUCUUAAUCCAGAUGAACUGGAAGGAAAAUGGCCAAUGACCGUUUUAUACUCUCUCUAUUAUGGAUAUGGUAAAAGUGUUCGUAGCAGUGGAUUUGGCAUUGUAAAGGACUCAAAGUGUGCCAAAUACGAAUUAUUAUUCAGAAUGUUCAAUUACACUCUUGGAAAGGAAAAUUUUAGGACCGGAAUACGAAGUUUUAUUGAGAAGAUACCUACAAUGAAUGAUAAUGUGGGACCAAGGACUUAUUUGUACUCAGAUUUCUAUAAGGCAAUGAACGAAGUGGCAAAUAAAACUGGUUAUCUUCCAGCAGGCACAACCCUAAGCCAAGUUGCAGACCCUUGGAUAGAUCACGACAGAUUGCCACUUGUCACGGUCAAACGCGAUUACGACACCGGAACUAUCAACAUUACACAGAAACGUUAUCACAGAGAAGGUCCUUCAAAAUUUACAAGUUAUGAAAAUGGAUUAACAUGGUACAUUCCAUUAGUAAUAAUUUCUCAAGAGCGAUUAAAUUUAAGUAACACAAAACCUACAGUAUGGUUGCUUUCUGAUGAAGCCGUAAAGCGUAAUAAGAAGGGAGUAAAUAUAACAAUGAACGAUUUUGUUUCCACCAACAGCUUUAUUAUAGCUAAUCCAGAAGAAAUUGGUCCUUUUCCAGUUAAUUACGAUUCUCUGAAUUGGAGAAGGUUAUCAGAGUUUCUUCAAGGACCUGGACGUGAACGAAUUCCUCCUUUAACUAGAGCAAAACUGUUUCACGACUCCUGGAAUCUUGCAUAUGCUAACGAACUUUGCUUCGAUAUUGCACUGAACAUGACACUAUUUUUAAAAAAUGAAAGAAAUCAUGUUGUUUGGGAGCCAGUUUUUACCAUGAUAGAUCACAUUGGACGAAGAAUUCAUGGAUCUGAAAUAUACAUUAAAUUUCAGGCUUAUAUUCGCAGUCUAUUGAAACCUCUAUACACAGAAUUAUGCAGCAGUGAACAACCUGAUGAACCUUCUUGGAAAACACACAUGAGGGGCUUAUCAAAAAUCUUCUUAUGUCGUGCUGGCUAUGAACCUUGUAUUCUGGAAGCCAGAAAACAGUUCAAAAAAUGGCUCACUGAUGAAGAACCUGAUAAAGGAAAUCCAGUAGCGAAUGAAUUCCUCUGCCCGGUUUUUAAAUGGGGUACAGAAGAAGAAUGGGAAUUCGGUCUCCAGCGAGUUAUUAAUUUUCCACAAAACAAUGAAAGAAAGCAGAGCGAAAGAACUUAUCUUUUAAAAACUUUAGCAGGAUGCCCAAAAGAUGAAUAUAAAAUAAAAAGAUUGCUAAAUGUAACAAUUAUUGAACAAAAUCCCAACUUUUCUACAUCGGAUAUUCACUUGAUAGCAAGUACUUUAACAGGAAGUGCCACUGGGUAUACGACAUUGUUUAAUUUCUUAGCAGAUCAUUGGGAUGUGGUAAAGAUAAGAUUUACUGCCUAUCCAAAUCUGUGGAAUCGAAUUAUAAAUACUGCAAUUUCAUCAUUUAACACUCAAGAAGGAUACGACAAAGUAUCUGAGUUGUAUGCUAGUAAACAGGAAGAAUUCAAAAAUGUUCAAACUAUUAUUGAAGAAGCCCUCGAAAAUAUCAAGAGGGAGACACAAUGGAGUGAAAAGAAUUUUCCCGUUAUUAAUGCAUGGCUAGAUACAAAAGUAACUAAAGAAGAUCUUGAACAAAGUAGCGUGAAUAGUACUGCUAGUUAACAAUUAUUAACUAACUUGGCUGGCUGAAAUAUUUAUGAUUUUUAAUUGAAAAAAUCUCAAAAUUAAUUUUACUUAUGGUAAGAACGAUAUUAUACAAUGCAAAGAAAAUUAAGUAAGUUUUAUGUAAAUUACAAAUGAAACGAAACAAUAUUAAAAAAAUGUAUUCUUGCCUUAUCUAUUUUAAAUUAGUAAUUUUAUAUAAAUAAUUCUAUUUUUGAUAAAACAA